AUGAAGACACUCCUUUGCACGUCUGCGACGCAUUUACUAUCGUUAUCGUUACCGUUAUCAUUAACGCGUUCAUUAUUUGUAAUUAUAUUUUUACUAUUAAUUGGUAAUUUUGAUUUGAGCAUUCUACCGUUGCCAACAAAAAGCUUGAAUCAGCGCAGUAUCAGCAAAGUCUCAGCGGAAGUAUUUACUUUGGGUUAUUUAACCGGUUCACAGCGCAGUCCGGGAAAUUUGGAUUAUCAGCGACCAGGCAUCACCAUCUCCGGCGCCAUUACACUCGCCGUUUCCCAAGUGAAUGCUGGCAGGCUUAAGGAACUCGGUCAUUCACUGGAAUUCAUUGUGGCCGAAACCUAUGGUGAUGAAGUAUCGAGCAUACGGCAAACGGCCUCACUUUGGACUCGGCAAGUAGCCGGCUACAUUGGACCACAAGAGACCUGCGUGCAUGAGGGGCGCAUGGCAGCCGCCUUCAAUUUACCUAUGAUAUCCUAUUACUGCAUACACCGCGACACGUCAAAUAAACAGGACUUUCCCACCUUUGCGCGCACGCGUCCGCCGGAUACGCAAAUUUCAAAGUCAGUGGUUUCACUGCUUUUAGCUUUUAAUUGGACGCAGGUUUCCUUCCUGUAUUUGGAUAGUCCACAUAGUCCUUUUCAUCCGGUUGCUGAGACAAUACAGAAUAUUUUACACAAUGCUGGCGUAAUUGUGCGCGAUAUACAAACAUGGAAUACUAUUUAUCAUCACGGCUUCAUGGUGAAUCCUUUCGAUGAGUUGGUGGAGCGUACCUACAAAAAUACACGCAUUUAUCUCAUACUUGGCCACUACUAUGAGCAUGUUGGCCUGAUGGUCAGUUUGGAACGUAAAGGGCUAUUGGCCAAAGGGGAAUAUUUUGUUGUUGGCAUCGAUAUUGAACAAUAUGAUCCAGCUAAUCCGGAUAAAUAUUUGCGCGGUUUACUGCUGGAGAAAAUCGAUUUAAGCGCAGAAGUGGCUUUUCAAUCAUAUGUGGGCAUCUUUCCAACAGCGUCAUUGUCGUUUGCUAAAUUUGCCAAGGAGGUCAACAAAUACAUGGAGCUGCCGCCAUUCAAUUUUCCCAAUCCUCUAGGCUAUUUUGGUGGCGAAAAGCAGAUCAGCGCUGAGGCUGCUUACCUCUACGAUGCCGUUCAUUUGUAUGCAAAUGCGCUAAUAAAAGUUUUGGAGGCUGGUGACAAACCAAAAAAUGGCACUGCUAUCAUUGCGGCUAUAAAAGGUUCUAAAUACCUGAGCGCCAUGGGCUACCAUGUUUACAUUGAUGAGAAUGGCGAUGCCGCUGGCAAUUAUACAGUAUUAGCGCGUGGCUAUGCGCGAAAUAGUCGAAAUAUGACAGUUCCUGGCCUAGUGCCGGUGGGGACAUUUAGUCAGACACAAAGUGAUAAAUUACCUGCUAUAUAA